AUGUCUCUGAAACGUAAAGAGAAAGAAAAACGCACGAGAAAAAGAGAGAAGGAAUUAUCACACUCAUACGGAAGAACAUAUCAAAAGCCACUCAAGCUAAUAGUAGGAUAUGACUCUGAUCAAUCUCCAUCCGUGUCGAGCAAAACAUCGACAACAAGAUCUAAAUCUUCAAUAUCAGUCAACAGUGAGCCAUCAGAGUCUACAGUUGUUCGAAUCGAAACGUCUUCGUCCGAUUCCAAAGGAUCAUCAAUAAAACAACAGUACACGAAAACUGACGUAUCUUCUCAUAAAACAGUUAUUAAUAAGCCAAAGGAAAUGGGUUCGAGUGAUUCGUCAUCAGAAGACGAGAUUAAUUUGAAACACACAGAAAACAAAUCAGUGUCUCGGAAAAAUACUAGAUAUGCAAGAAAUGGCUCACUGCCAAACGGAUCAAUACCGGCUUCUUCACAUAAGCACAAAGAUUCUAAAACUCACAAAGAAUCUAGUCGAAAAACUAGUUCGGAUUUUAAAUCAUCAAAACAAGAAACUAAUAAACAUGUGAUGGAACGCGUGCCGAGUAGUAGCAGUUCGAGUGCAUCAUUCGUUACCUCAUCCCAGAAUCAAGCGACAAACGAUGGCUCGACAAGAAAAAGUUCGUCUAGUCAGCCAUCCGCCCCAACACAGCGACCAGUAAUUCAUAUAUAUUCUCCUAGCAGUUCAUCAAUAGACAGUGACACAACCAAGUCAGUUGCAAGCGUCGUACAUCCAUCGCAAAACGAAUCGCCAGAAUUAGAGAAAACUGGACAAGCGACUGCUGUGCCUUCUGGCGGAAUUAAUGCAACGUCGGUAAACGUUGAAAACGAUGCGGUAUCACCAAGUCAAAGCCGUGAAAGCAACCGUACAUCUAGUGAAAGUUCUAUUUCAUCUACAGACACGGAAAAUGAAAAUAAAGAAGUGAAAGUGAAGCCUUCUGAUAUUAAUAAUCGAAAAACUGCUUCAAACGACCACCAGCCAAUAAAAACACAUUCGGAACAUGAAACUAGCAUGCCUGGGAUAGACGCUGCAAAGAAGCACAAUUCCACAAGCAGUAGUUUGAUGUCAGAGACACAAGACAUCAGGACAUCCUCAAAUGACCAAGACGUGAUCGCAAAAAGCACUGAUGGCGAAGACGCUCGACAGGAAAAGGCAGAGAGAUUGGGAACAUUGAAGAAAUUAGUGAGCAGCUCUUCGUCAUCAUCAAGUGGGUCAGAUUCGGAUAUAGAUGACAGAAACAAUCACUCGCAAUUCGAUUCGACUAACACCAAUGUCGAGAAAAAAUCAAAUGUUACCACUAGUAGAAAAUCUACUACAGAAGACAGCAGUAUAUCAAGCGACGUUUUCAUUUCUGAAUCAAGAGAAAGUUCUGUCCGACCUAGUGUGACGUCAUCAAUACAUUCAAAACAAUCGGAUGACAGUUCGUCGUCAUCAGAAUCAGGAAGCUUUGACAUGUCAUCGAUGACGUCAUCGUUACGUAAUCUCAUCGAAGAAUCUCGAGUAUCAUUAUCGGAAACAAUUCCUACUUCUUCGUCAAGUGACGAUGAUGACAGUGAAAAAUUCAGAUUAGAAGAAAAAUUCUUCGGCCAUGGAAAUCAAGAUGAUAUUUCUCAUCAAUUUGAUUUACCGAAUGAGAAAGAACCAUACGUUGAAAGUGGAGGAGAAAUACUAGGAGUUAUGAAAACAUCGGCAAAAUAUGGAUAAUAUUGAAGAAUGUUAUAUCUUUGUCUGCAGUGAAUAAAAAGUUGAAUGUUUUUAAAUGACUUCUAAAAGUCUUUUGAAAUAUACACUCACACAUACGAAUGCUGUAAAAGUACAUGAGAUUAUUGUUACCCCUCAAUUUUCAGCCUCUAAGCUAAUAUUUUCAUAACGUUUUAUAUUUAUCUAUAAUCCUUAAAAUCUUGAAUAUAUAUUCAAGCAUACAAACGGUGCAGAAAGCACGGAAAUUUUA